AGAACUCUUCAAUUUGCAAGAACAGCGAGGGAAAAAUGAGGGGCUUAGGAAGUUUGAUUGUGCGAGCUCGAAGAAUUUCACCACUGGGUUCUCACGGAGUUGGGAAGAUUCGAUUCUUCUCAGCCGCAACAACUUCUUCUAUAUUCGGCGGAAACGAAGCUGCUUCGUGUUCUGUAUCGUCAAGAACUUGCUUCGAUCCUCUCUUGCGUUCAUGGAGAUGGAGCCAAUUUGGAGGACAAAAAAGAACAAUGUUCAUUGAAACUCAGUCAACACCCAAUCCUUCAUCUCUCAUGUUCUAUCCUGGAAAGCCUGUUAUGGAAGUCGGGAGUGCUGAUUUUCCUAAUGCGCGUUCUGCUAUGAACUCCCCACUAGCAAAGGCUCUUUAUGGUGUUGACGGUGUUAUCCGAGUCUUCUUUGGAUCAGAUUUUGUUACUGUAACAAAGUCAAAUGAGGCUUCGUGGGAUUUCCUUAAGCCUGAAAUUUUUGCUUCAAUCAUGGACUUCUAUUCUUCUGGACAACCACUAUUUCUAGACGCUAAUACUGCUGCUGCCAUGGAUACAGCCAUCAACGAAGAUGAUUCUGAAACUGUUGCUAUGAUUAAAGAGCUGCUUGAGACUCGUAUUCGACCAACAGUGCAAGAUGAUGGUGGAGAUAUUGAAUACAGGGGAUAUAAUGAAGAAACUGGAAUUGUCAAAUUGAGAAUGCAAGGAGCAUGCAGUGGCUGCCCAAGCUCAUCCGUCACUCUAAAAUCUGGCAUUGAAAAUAUGUUGAUGCAUUAUGUACCAGAGGUGAAGGGCGUGGAACAAGAAUUUGACGUCGAGGAAGAGGAUGUAAAGUCAACCAGCCAGAUGGAGUAAAAGAUGAGUUGGUCUAUUUAUUCUAUGUUAUGUUGAGCCACAACACUGAUCUUGAGGGUGAGCCCUUACGAGUUGGUUGUUUCAUUCUUUGUUAGAUUGAACUGCAACACUGAUCUUGAGGGGUGACCAUACGGGUACUUGUUAUUAUGCAGAGAAUAAAAAGGGCGUCGUGGUUGAAUUAUUUCAUGGUUUAUAGAGUUGUUCCUAGCUAAGAAAAGAAGUCUGUGGAACUGGGAUUCCAUGGACUUACCAUAUUUUGGACAUGACGAACAUAUAUGGUAAACAUAAGAGAGAUUUGAUUGUUCAUUCAAUAAUAACAUUUUUGUUCUAUA